AUGGGCUACGGCGAUGGUAAGGGAAAGGGGGGUCCCCCCAUGUGGUACGGGCUCAACCCCUGGAUGAUGAUGAUGAUGAAGGGCAAGGGAAAGGGCAAGGGUGGCCUCCGGAGCUUUGACCAGAAGCUGAAAGUUUGGAUCGGAGGCCUACCAGCUGACAAUUGCAGCAUCGACCUGAACAAGAGGCUCAAAGAGCACAUGUCCUCAGCCGGCGGGAACUGCCUCUACGCCGAGGUGGGAAAAAGCGGAAAUGCUGGGGCGGCUUUCAAGACACAGGAGGAAGCGGUUGCGGCCAUCAACGCGUUGAACGGCUCAGUGUUUGAAGGUAUCCAGCUGCACGUCGACGAGUGGACCCGCAAAGAGCCGACUCCGCCCCCGGGCGUCUAA